AGAACAAAUGCUUUUAAACUUAUAAAAGAAAUACUUGAGCUGACUACACUUCCAGAGUCUCAGGAGUUAGUGAAUGAACUUCAGGAGUUGGUGAAAGAGGUAUGUCUGCUCUUACUGUUUUUCUCUAGAUGUUAAUUUCUUAGACAUGAAGCAUGACGUGAUUUGCACACAUUAGUUUUCAGUCAUCUCAAAUACAAUAAACAGGUUGUUGGUGUCUUUUAUUGUGUUUUGAUGUUACAGGCUCUUCACAGCAUCUUCUUUAUGGCAAAGAUUGAGGAUUUUACCCUGAAUGAAAUCUUUGCUGAAAAAGAGGUCUUGUUGAAAGAGUUAGAGCAGACAUAUGAAGAACCUUUUCAGCUCUAUUCUACUCAUGUACCACAGCGACAUCCAAUGUCAUGUGUAUUAGAUAUGAUCGUCAGAGUGAGUGGAGAAAGGAAUGAAAACCUCAUUAAACAAAGACUACAACAGAUCAACAGUCAACUUACAAGAGACCGUAAUGAGAAGUUUCUGAUCUCCACCACCAUGUGUGUUUCUUAUAAAACCGGACCAGAUUCAGUGAGGUACUACGGUGUGUCCAUGUCUACAUGUCGUGGUCGUUUACGAGACAUCAUGAUAGCUGCCUCCUGUUGUGUCUACUGGGACAGUCAUGUAGCUGAUGCAGUGAUGACCUACUAUCCAAACAAUAAGAAAAGGGAUGACUUUGAUGGAACCAUCAUACUUCCAAAGAAAGUUCGAUGUCAGGCAUUUUCAAUCACUGACACACGAGGAGGAAAGCCUCCCUGUAAGCAAUGCAAAAAUUUGUUUGGCUUGAGCACAACUGAAUUUGCCUAUGGCAACUGUGCUGAAGUUGAGAGUGUGAGCAACUUGUUUAAAAAUGAAAGAGAAAUUAAAGAUCAGUCAAUACUAAGAUCUAUAAAUUACCCAAAUAACAUCAAGGAAAUGGUUAGGGAGCGUACUUUAGAGAAACUCGAACAAUUACUUCCUCGCAGAUUUAUUUGGAACAACAUGUUUUACCCAAACAUAGAGUAUAGGGUUACCCAUACAGUAACCCCUAACAUUUAAAAGGGCUACAGAAUGUAAUUAAUCCCAAUGCUUUAUUUUGUGACUUUUUUGAUGGCUUGAUAACUGUAAGAUAAAUUUUGUGGCAAACAUGUCUGUUCAGAGUAACAUUAGACGUACAGUGUGAAUAUUUUUUAACAAAUGAUGAGACAAUUUAAAAAAAAAGUGUCACUUUUCCCACAGUUUGUUUUUCUGAGAAUCUUUGCGAGACAAAUCUAAUAAUGUAGAGUUUAUAUGAAACCUGUAGAUAAAGAAAGUCAUUUAAUAUUUGAGUUGGAGUAUUUCCUAGUAUUGUAAUGUAAACUGUUUUGAAUGUAGCUUUGUUUUAAAUAUAAAGAAUUGUUUAUCACUAAUAUACUGUACAAAACAGCAGUUUAUGAUGCUGAAGAAUAAUUGUGUACAGACACUUAGAACUAAAGUUCUAUGAAGGUUCUUUUUUUUCUUCUCUUAAUUAAAUAACAGUUGUGCUGUGUAGUACAUGAGCGAUUAAAAAUGUGC